AUGAACGCUGGAGAAGUCAAAUCUGUGAUAACGAGUUUGGAUAAGGCCAAGGAUUCCAAGACAAUCUUGGAGUUGUUGGAAGUGCUCAAGAAAGAUGUGGUAGCCACAGAAAAGUUUCUGCGUGAAACCAAGGUCGGAGUGGCAGUCAACAAGCUGCGGACGCAUGCCGAUGCCGAGGUCAGCUCGCUCGUGAAGAAAAUUAUCAAGCAAUGGAAGGAGCAAGUGUCCAAGGAGAAGAAGACGGUUAAAGCUCCGGCUAAAGAACCUACGCCCGUGGAGAAGGUGUCGCCACCGGCCGAGUCAAAGGCUGGUGAAGCGUUUGUGACGUCUAAGCCACGGAAUCCUGCCAAUGACGGCGUUAGCAUCAACAUUCAUGACGACUCCACUAGAAACGGGUCCAUUUCUGGGCUUUACACGGCUCUGGCCAUGACUUCGGACAAAUUUCCAAACGAGAUUGUGAAGAUUGCCCAGGAAAUUGAAGCCGAAACAUACAAACUUACGGACUCUAAAGUAUCGGACAAUUACAGAAACAAAAUGAGAUCUUUGAUAAUGAACUUGAGAAAUAAGAAUAAUCCAGAACUGAGAGCACGCUUACUUGAUAGAGCUCUCAAGGCCUCGAAAUUUGUGAAUAUGACCAACCAGGAACUUGCUCCAGAUGCCCUGAAGAAGGAGUUGGCUGACCUUCAUCAAAAGAACCUGUUUGAUGCUCAAGGUGCUGUUCAGAAACGUGCCGUCACUGACAGAUUUGUCUGUGGAAAAUAUGGAAAUUCAGUUGAAGAAAUCGUGUGCGUAUACGAUGAAGCAGAUCUAUUACGGUCUAAUGUACCGGUGAUAUUUUUACAAGGUGUCAAAGAUAUGUUUGCCUUGGCGCAUUUCCUGGAUCAGAGCAGCAAUUUUGGGCACCACGUCGUCGUCCAAACGCUGUGUCUCUUCAGCGGAGAACUUCCCAAGGACAUAGUUUGCAACCGUGUUGGAAUCUUUGUUGCCGCUGGGAUCUCUGCCAAUUCCUAUUUGGACUGCAUUAUAGCCUUUGCCAAUAUGUUGUUAUCUAUGUCGAGUUCGUCAUGGAGAAUAACAAGAACCGGGUUCCACUGUGAGAGUGCAACGACCGAUUUCCAAGGUUUGAGCAGGUUUUUGCCGCUGUGGCGGGUGCCGUGGUACUGUGCCUCGGGAUUCCCGAUAGAGGCCACCAUGAUCAGCACCGGUUUGUCAUUGGCUGACGCUAUUCUGGAAACAGUGGACGAACUUCUUACAAACUGCAACAAGUUAAGCAUGAAAAAUAAUAUCCCGGAGCUGGAAAUUGUUCAAAAAAUCUUUGGGCAGUCAAUUCUACCAGAUAACAAGUUCUAA